AUGUCCGGCACUAGCCAAAUACAGGCGGCUCUUUCACGAGAACUUAAAACCUUGUCACUUGCAACAAAAUAUGAAAAGUUUGAGGAAUAUCUCGAUAAACUUGGAACCUUGCCACUUGUCGAAAAAGAAACAAAAUUCAAAGAGUAUUUAGAAAAACUCGAUCAAAUUUUUGAAGACACAUCAAAUAUACACUCUAUUCAUUCUAUUCGUGAUGACUACAGUCAGACGCAAUACCAGGCGAAAGAAAACCUCGUGAAAGCUAUCCUGAAACGUACUGCUUUAUUUGCAGAGCAAUACCAACUUGAGCACAUCUUUAUACAGCACAUGAAUUUUGUAUCUAACGUCAUUAACAUUGGAUCCGGCAUCGAUGGCAAACCACUUAAACAGGUUACUUGCGCAAAUAUCCGCAUUGCUAAUGGCUUCAUUUGUAAGAACGUCGGUAAUAAGAUUUGUGGUAACUGUCGUGUUAUCUUUUACUGCAGUAAAGAAUGUCAGAAGAUGCAUUGGGCGUCUCAUAAAAUCAAUUGUAAAUCUGAUAUCGCGUCAAAGGAUUGGCGACCAGACUACAUUGAUGAAAUACGAACACCAGCAUUCUAUUCGAAUAGCCAUCUUUACGUUUCUUUUUCUGCCGGACCACCAGAACAUUUGUGGGGAAAUAUGCCGGCGGUUGACAUCGUGAAAAUAGCUUUCAAUGAACUUGCGGACGGCAAAUCAAGUUCCGACUAUAAGGAACCCAUUAACCUGCUCUUUGCAGCGAGCGGAGAUCUCAAUGACAUCAUUGCAUCUGUGAAUGGAUUGCCACUCGAUUUCAAUCAGCCAGUUAAUAUUUGCAUUAACGAUCGGGCCGAAAGGGUUGCAACUCGAAAUUUUAUAAUGUUGUAUCUCCUUGCAAAACUUGGCAAGGAUGCUAUUGAUGCCGUCAUUCAGAUUUGGUAUUCGGCAGCGCUUACUAGUGAACAAUGGAUUAAAUCUGUCGAACUAUUGAGUACCAUCAUACAAGAGGAUCAAUCUAAGAAAGUUUGCACAUUUGAGUUCGAUAAACUCAGCAUUUGUACACAUUUCAAUCCUCAGACAUGGGCGUGUCUUGCGGCGAUGCUUAUAAGUCAGAUUGAUCUGCAAACGGCCAUUGAUACACGUAAUCAGGUUAUGAUGAAUCCAAUGCGCAAAGACUACCGACAUCGAUAUAUGCAGAGUCUCACGCCAGGAGAACGUAUUUGUUUUUAUGAUUUCUGUCACAAUGGAAUACUUCUCCCGUAUGGUGCUCUGAAUGCCUAUCAUAAUGUACCAAACAAAUUCAUCUUGGAUCCAAUACGAGGCUGGACAAUGAAGGAUAGUUCAAACCCUCUCUUUGGAUGGGAUGAGCUCAGAGUCGCCCAGGUUAAGCAUGGAACGGCCAACGAGGACUUUUAUGGAAAGCUCUUCUUUUAUCUCCGUGAACAAAUGGAAGCGCUUGUCGAUCGAUUGCAAAAAUUUACGAUCAAAUUUGAUUUCUAUGUCGAUGAUGCACUCAAGCUUGGCCAAGAAUUUAAAGACAGAAAGUUUGAUCGUAUUUAUACGUCCAAUAUUAGUGACGAAAAUUAUGUUGGCAUUAACCACGUAUUAACUGAACUCCGUCCGCUUCUGAACGACAAUAAUCCGCAUGCAACGUUAAUUACACUAUUCAUGAACUGGUUACCUUCUAUUCCGGAACCUCACAAUAAGAGAAUAAUGGAAGAUAUCGUCAAGAAAAGUAUAAAUAAAUAUGAUCGUCCUUCGUCAACACUGCAAGCCGCUAACUUGGCUUCUAAAAUGACAGCUAAAGCUUGCACUGAAGCUGCAGCCUUGUAUGAUCAUACCCGCGAAUUUGAAAAAUAUAUGAAAAAGUUGGAUGCAAACAAAACCGCGGAAAAAGUGGGAUUACGUCGUCGAAUGUUUCAUAAAAUCGUGCCCAAGAGAAUUGGUGCCAGUAUGAAACAUGAUGAACAGAACAAAGUCUUAUCAUUUGAAGAUGAGAGGGAGAGACAUUUGUUGCUUGAUGUUGGAUCGCACACAUUUUUAGAACGCUACGUCGAGUGGGAGGUUAUAGCUUAA